AUGGCAUCCAACUCUUUACUCCUUGCACUCCUACUCCUCACCUGGUUUUUCCUCGCCGUCCUCAUCCUCUUCAUUGCUAUUGCCCUCUUCGUCCUCAAGGACAGUUACACCAUCAAGGUCAACCUCGAGUGCAUUCCCACUCCUCUCGCCACCACUCCCAUCGACGAACAAGCCCUCAAUUGGUCUAAUAACGUGGUGAACCAAGUAUCCUUCCCCGCUGCCGCCACCCUCGUCGUCGCCGACGAUCACAACCAGCUCCUCCUCCUUGCCCUACUGGGCUUCUGCCUCACCACCCUCCUCGCCGUCCUCGCCCUCGCCCUCAUUGUCCCCCUCACCCUUCGGCUCACUAUCAGACAUCUUGAGAGGGAACACCAGUGGGCGUACAACAUUGCCGUGACUGCACAGCGCCCCCUCCCCCAUACCACUACCACUCUCCCCAUUAUUGCUGCCAACCGCGACAGCAACAACCCCACACAAGUGUACUUUGAGUACAUUAGGGAGCAUCAAGAUUAG